UUCACCCCCCCUCCUUCCUCGCAACAAACUCCACGCCUUCCUUCUGCGCGUUCGCGGCCAAUGAAUGUGCUCGGGCGCGCGCCUACGCCUGUGCAGCAUUCAUAAAGCGGUCAAGAGGUGCUGGAUAGAGCCGUGACAUUCUCCCAAAGCGGGCCGUGGUCGCCCCUGGCAACAGCGGACGCUUUGACACAUCUCACUAAAAGUGUCCUAUUUCAUGUCUGAUGUGAGUGGGCAUGAGCUGAACAACACAGUGGUGCCCCAGUCAAGUUAGGAUUGGGUCAGUCAAAAAAAGAAGCUUUUGUCUUGUGUCUUUUUUUUCUUCUUCAUGAAAUUGAAUCAGUUCAUUUAAAGGUCUUGUGUUUAAGAAUUAGUGACAUCUAGUGGUGAGACUGCUGAUUGUAACGUAAUAGAAGAGUCUUCCUUUCACUUCUCCCUUUUAUUCUCCUUUUCCCUCGUGUUUCAGGGAACUUUUGGGCCCUUCUUAAACUAGAAAGGAAGUAUCUCUUCUUCAAUUGUGUAAUACACUUCUCCUUAAAAAUGCUCCAUCAGGUUGUGGCUUUUUUUCCACCUGGGCUGCCGUAGAAACAUUGUGGUAAAAGAUGGAGGCUAUGAAAACAAAUUCAUUUUAUUGGUAUAUAGUGGAGGAAAUGUUGUUUUAUAUUUAUGAAUGACUGAGUCACUGCGUCUAAAUCAGCUGGACGAGGCACAUCAUUUUGUGGCUCUCAAUAGUUUUCUUGUUGGUACUGUUGCUGCCAUGGCAACUCACUCUUUAGCAACAAGUGCUCAGCAACACAGAUUCAUCCCUCUGUCCGUCUGUCUGUGUGUGUGUGUAUACACUUGUGAGCUCAAAGGACUGAGCAGGACAACGAACAAACAUGCCUCCAAAGAAAAAGCCUAAAAAGACAAAAAAGACCACAAGGAAGAUCCAAGAAAGAAUUGCAGCAGGUGACAAUGAUUUGGAAGCAAAGUGUAGACGUGGUGUUCUGGAUAUAGCCAUCCUCCAGGAUCACAUUGCUUUACAGUGUGAGUCUGUGAGGAUGGUCCAGUCGGACAGAAUUGACCUGAGGAGACGCAUGAGAGACAUGGAGCAGAAGCUGGAGCAUGAAAGACAAGACUACAGGGACGUCAACUCUGACUUUAGUCGCCAGUAUAAAACCAUGCAGAGCGAGUUGACCAACAAGGUGAAGAGACUAGAGACGGAGGUCAACCAGCUAAAUGAAGAACUCGCCUUAUGUCAGGAGGUACUGAGGAGGGAGAAAAGAGAGCGUGAGCAGGUGGAACAGGAGAAGGACGCCACCAUAGCUGACCUCCGACACAAGCUGGACAACAUGGAAAUAGACUAUGAGGAGAUCCUGCAUGAUACUCUAGACAGCCUGACGUGCCAACUGUCUGUGGCUCGACAGGUUCAGGAGGACAAGAGCCCCACCCUUUGUCAAAAUUACAAAGGGCUGCUCUCUGAACUUGGCCAGAAUGCACUGGACAUCUAACACAAAUGUUGUUUUUCAGUGAGAUGUAAUGCUAUUAAAUAUGACUAAAGCACCUCUGUUUCCAUUCAUUUUCUACCACUUUAUCCUCCAGACGAGGAUCCCGGUGCUAGGUGGGGGCGGAGAGGAGCGAAUCCCAGCCGGUAUAGGGAGAAAACCCUGAACAGGUUACAAGUCUAUUGCAGGGUAAGCAUGUCCAAAUGGUUUGAUGAAUGCUA